CACCACUUCACCGAUCACUGAUGAGCCUGUAACUCGCUCUUGCUUUAUGCAUUGGAAUUCGGGUCUCUGUUCGCUCACGAAGUGGCGCAUCUGCCUUGAUGCCCCUUGGUGCCUUUGCUAGAUGGAGGUGUAUGAGCAUCCCCAUGACCGCUAGUGCUAUUGUUGGAGGCCAAAGGCUUUCUUCGACUGACGUUGGUGGAGAUUGCCCGGCGCGUUCUGUGCUCAAUAUAAGUGCGAGGUAUGGGCGGACUGGUGCUCGACGCAUUACCACUGAUGUCUGCUCCUCCCCAGUCCGUCGGAGUCAUCUCCUUCCACCAAGUCGCGCCUGGUCUGAACCUCUCCCAAGAGGAGCUGUCGCAGCGCGUCAUGGGAGUCGCAGAUGCGGUCAAGAACCUGCCUGUCUUCAAGAAAUGUUUCACCGAGUUCGAGAUGGUUUUCCCCAACGACGAGCUGGCUGGUAUGGCUGACACGCUCGGUCUCCCGGGACGCAAGACCUCCGUCAUGGUCCUGGCCCUUUCUCCGACUGCCGACCACUUUGUCGAGCUCUUGACGGACCCCGUGUUGCGAGAAUCCUUCGCUAAGGGCGAGAAGGAGUUCGGCUUCAUGUCAAACAGCUUCUUCUCCAUUGCGGACGUCGUCCGCACUGGUGCCGCGCCGGCCACUGUCCCCAUCGAGGGGGAGAAGAAGGCGGCAGUAGGAUUCCUGCGGUUGCAUCCGAGUACCUCGCCGCACGACCACAGUGCUGAGAUCAUCAACAACUUCGGCAAACUCUCGGACGGGUCGGGUCAGGGUCGGUUCGCAGCCGGCGUGUCAACGUGGAUCCCCCACCAUGUGGCCGCGCCGCAGAUCCGCGCUCUGGGCCUCAGGACACUCGAGGACGAGAACGUUGUGAUCUCGGUCGCUGAGGUCAAGGUGAACUUCUCCGUUCUACAUCGGAAGACCGAAGCGCUGAUCUUGAUUCCUCAGGACGACUCGGUGUUCACCGAGGCCAUGCAUACUAUCCACGAGCUCAUCGGGAGCGCGGAGGAAUCCGACGGUGCUGGUGGCAAGAUUCAGGACGGCAGCUACUAUUCGGCUGUGCGCAUGGUAUCCAAGAUCGUCAAGUAGUGUGAUUGAUAGAUAUCCCGAACGCUGUACAAAUAGUUGCUCCGUUUCUCGAAUUUCUUGUGAAUCCGUGAUGAGGUCGUCACCGGUGCCGUCCUUUCUUGCAAGAAAACCAUCACAUGUCCCGAG